AUUAGCCCAUCGUUCUAUCUCUUCAUCGUUCAUCUUCUUUCUCCAGGAAAAUAAUCUCCCAGAAAUAUAAGACAAAAAUUAAAAUCACUCUAAAACCCUAACAUUAAAUCUCAGUCUUUCUCUCUCUUCAAUUUUUUUUCGUUAAUCAAUCAUCUUCAAAGCUUUUGAUUUGCAACAAUGUCCACUCUUGAAAUUGAAGCUCGAGAUGUGAUUAAGAUAGUUCUUCAAUUCUGCAAAGAAAAUUCCUUAAAUCAAACGUUUCAAACACUACAAAGCGAAUGUCAGGUGUCUUUGAACACAGUAGAUAGCCAUGAAACAUUCAUUGCAGAUGUUAAUAGUGGGAGAUGGGAUGCUGUUUUGCCUCAAGUUUCUCAACUUAAGCUUCCUAGGAAGAAGUUGGAGGAUUUGUACGAGCAGAUUGUUCUCGAAAUGAUCGAGCUUCGAGAAUUGGACACCGCCCGAGCAAUUUUGAGGCAGACCCAAGUGAUGGGUGUGAUGAAGCAAGAGCACCCAGAGAGGUACUUGCGGUUGGAGCAUCUUCUUGUUCGGACCUAUUUUGAUCCGCAUGAGGCUUAUCAAGAUUCAACUAAAGAAAGGCGACGUGCUCAAAUUGCACAAGCUCUUUCUUCAGAAGUUUCUGUUGUUCCACCAUCACGAUUGAUGGCUUUGAUUGGGCAAGCUUUGAAGUGGCAACAGCACCAAGGUUUGCUUCCUCCUGGGACACAGUUCGAUUUAUUCCGUGGAACUGCUGCAAUGAAACAAGAUGUUGAGGAUAUGUAUCCUACGACGCUUACUCAUACUAUCAAGUUUGGGAAGAAAAGUCAUCCAGAAUGUGCUCGGUUUUCACCUGAUGGGCAAUUUCUUGUUUCUUGCUCUGUUGAUGGAUUUAUUGAGGUAUGGGACCACGUUAGUGGGAAGCUCAAGAAAGAUCUUCAGUACCAGGCUGAUGAGACAUUUAUGAUGCAUGAGGAAGCAGUCCUUUGUGCUGAUUUUAGUAGAGAUUCAGAGAUGCUUGCGUCCGGUUCUCAAGAUGGAAAAAUCAAAGUUUGGCGUAUUAGAACUGGUCAGUGUUUGAGACGCCUUGAACGUGCUCAUUCUAUGGGAAUUACAAGUCUUUGCUUUUCUCGAGAUGGAAGUCAGAUAUUGAGUACAUCUUUUGACAGCACUGCCAGGGUUCAUGGUUUGAAGUCUGGGAAAUUGUUGAAGGAAUUUCGUGGGCAUACUUCUUAUGUGAAUCACGCAAUAUUUACAAAUGACGGUAGCCGUGUGAUCACAGCAUCUAGCGAUUGCACAGUCAAGGUUUGGGAUGUCAAGACAACUGAGUGUCUACAGACUUUUAAACCACCACCGCCUUUAAGGGGUGGAGAUGCUUCUGUAAAUUCUGUUCAUUUAUUUCCCAAAAAUAUGGAUCACAUUGUUGUUUGCAACAAGACCUCAUCCAUAUAUAUCAUGACACUCCAAGGACAGGUUGUGAAGAGUUUCUCUUCUGGUAAGAGAGAAGGUGGAGACUUUUCUGCGGCCUGUGUAUCACCAAAAGGGGAGUGGAUUUACUGUGUUGGUGAAGACAGAAAUUUGUAUUGUUUCAGCCAACAGUCUGGUAAACUAGAACAUCUGAUGAAGGUGCAUGAGAAAGAUGUAAUCGGGGUGACACACCAUCCUCACAUAAAUCUUGUGGCUACCUAUGGUGAAGACUGCAGCAUGAAAUUAUGGAAGCCUUGAGAUUUUUGGCAGGGUCUCUCCCUUUUUUCACACAGAUUUCGGUUUUAAUUCUGCCUUGUCGGCUUGUCGCUAGUGUAGUAGUGUAUAAAUGUAAUUGUUGUAUUGUAUGUCAUGUUUGAGGCAUCUAAUUAUUGCUAUUCAAAAACUAUUAAUUUUCUAGAUUUUACAUUUGAUGAAUGACUUACUUUGAUAUAAGCGAUCUCUCCCUUUAGGUUACUGAAGUGUGGAAACUUGUUUGUUCUUAUUCAUUCCCAAAGUAAUACUUGAAUGAAUGAAAAAGAUAUGGAAUUAAUUUGUAGUA